UUAAUCAUAGCAUCUUCUUAAUAUAAGAUUACUAUAAACUUGAUAAAUAUGCUUACUCCUUACUAUUUGUCAUUUUGUUUUUUUGGCUUUGUGUUGAAUGUUGACCAGCUCUUGUAUCAUGGUCCAGAGUAAAAUUAAUAAACCCAAGUCAGGUCGUGGAAUGGUCCAGAAGACAGAAACAGAUGGAGCAGGAUUUCUGGGGGUACCUAUUACUAGCAAGGCUGUCUCGGAAGUGAGUAAUGUUGCCAGCAGUUCUAUCGACGAAAGUCUCUUAGUCGAGUUUUUAGAAGAGGAUGGGGUUGAUGUCUCCACUGCUAAAUUUCUUCACGGACUAAACAGGAACGGGCUGCGCCCUCUAAGUGAUCCUCGCUUCAAAGAUACUAUAGAUAAGAUUAAAGCAUUAGGACACGACCCUGAAAGUAUCCCAGAAGUCUUGUGCAUGGAAGAUUUCAAGAAGUGUCUGUCAUCGAACAUGGUGUUUAUAACACAAGCUAUUUGUGGAAAUUUGGUCAUCCCUAAAUGGUGUGAGUUCACUUCAGUUAUCAAGGAAAUUUUCGAUGAGUGCAAAUCCUUAAAACAUGGAAAGGUUGCCGAUCUAACGCCACAAAUGGCGAAAGUUGAUCCAGAAAAGUACGCCAUAUCCAUUUGUACGGUUGACGGACAACGAUUGUCAUUGGGUGAUUCCAAAACAACAUUUCCGAUCCAGGACCUUAACCGUGUUUUGUUGUACGCUCUGACUUGCACCGAGAAAUCUGUAGACUACGUCCACCAGUACAUCGGAAAAGAACCCAGUGGUUCGGAAGGAGAGGCCCUGAACCUAAAAAACAAGAAACCUCACAAUCCUCUGCUUCUAACUGGAGGACUAACCAUGGCUUCCCUCAUGAAACCAAGCCUUUGCUUCUCAGAGAGAUUUGAAUACUUCCUCAAGAAAUGUGUGCAGUUUUGUGGGAAGGAGUAUGUCGGGUUUAACAACUCUCUAGCCCUCUCUUUGAAAGACCAUUCCAAUCGACUGUACGCCAUCGGUCAUUACUUACGGGAGAAUGGAUGUUUCAACAAAGAGGCUAACGCGGACUCGCUAGAACAAACAAUGGAACUUUUCAUCCACUACAGUGCAAUUGAUAUGUCAUGUGACGCCGCUUCUGUGAUGGCUGCUACAUUGGCAUCUGGUGGACUCUGUCCACUGACUGGAGAGAAAGUGGUGUAUCCUGAAGCUGUGAGGAACUGUCUCAGUAUGAUGAACUGUUGUGGGGUUAACGAUUACAGUGGAGAGUUCAUGUUUGAGGUCGGACUGCCAGCCAAAUCGAACGUGUCAGGAGCGCUGAUGGUGGUGAUCCCCAACGUCCUGGGAAUGUGUAUCUACUCGCCCAGACUUGAUAGGAGCAGAAACUCUGUUAGAGGGGUUCAGUUCUGCAAGUUGUUCACGGAUAGGUUCGUAUUCCACCAGUUCGAUCCUUCUGAUAGAUCCAGAACCAAAAUCGACCCCAGGAGAAAGGACUUCCACGAAACCAAGGACCAACAGAGUCUGAUUCUGCUCUUUGCUGCAUACCAAGGAACGAUGACGACACUAUAUCGGUAUCUCAAAGAAGGUGUAAACUUCGCUUAUCCCGACUAUGACGGCCGUACUGCCCUUCAUCUUGCUGUUUGUGGUGGUCAGCUUGACGUGGUGAAAUUUCUGAUAGAUAAAUGCCAUGUUGACGUCAACCCAGUGGAUCGUUGGGAGAACACACCCCUCGACGACGCUUUCAAGUACAAUAAUCAGCAGAUUAGUACUCUUCUCCAACGUAAGGGAGCUCAGACAGGGGCCGCCAUUAUUGGAAACUAAACCAUGAAAAAAGUAAAUCUUGAUAAUUGUUUAAACAGUUUCAAGUUUGAUUUAAUUAGGGCGACGAAAAUGUAUUUUAUUAUAUUAUCAGUAUCUCUAGCAGCGAAACUGACUAUAUAUUUAUAACUUAAGUGAAAAGAGUAAUACUGAUAUGUAUUAUCAAUUAUGUUAUUUCAUUUUAUUUUUUAUAAGCAUGUUUUUAAUCCUUUGAAAUGUAGCAUUUGAUGCAUUUUGAAUCGAUCAUCGUGUCGACGUGUCCAAGGUUUACUUGAAAAUUUUAAUGCAUGCGUGACUUACUGAUCUCUAUUCUAUGUUUAUGAAAAUGAUAUUGAUAGCCUGAGGUCCCCAGGUAAAUGCGUAAAUCCCCAGGUAAAUGCGUGACACGUGAGCUACUAGUACGUUUUACUUAUUAUUACUAUACAAUUACAUGCUUUUUACUAUACAAUUACAUGCUUUUUCAAAAAUUUUAAAUUUAAUUUUGUAAUAAACUUUCGCUCUAUGAAAUAUUUAAACUAUAAAGUAAACGGCUUUUACUAAUUCGCUCGCCCAAAAAUUUCACGUGACUUUGGUUUUUAUGGUUUUGCAGCCGUACAAAACGGUUUUACAUAAACCCUAAUCCUAACCCUAACCCUAACCAUAAGUAUAACCCAAAAGCUAUUCAUUACCCUUACCACAACCCUAACC